AUGAAUUUGCAAACAUAUCCAAUGGAUAGGCAUAUCUGUCACUACAGUAUCCGGACGUUCUCCGAACCCAUUGAAAAAGUGAGCCUUCAUUGGAUUGAAGACAAGUCGAGUCCUAUAGACUAUUUGCUGGAUUCGGAGCAAAACAAAAGUGUAAUCUAUAAGAAUGAAUUCACGCCAUCAUUAUUUGACAUAGAGAUCGGCAAUUAUGAAAGACAUAUCAUUAAGUGGUUUAACGAAAACUAUACGGUUCUGGACCUGGAGUUCAUAUUUGAGAGAACCAUAACAGCAAAUGUGUUGACGGUUUACAUUCCCAGCUCUUUAGUGGUCACUCUGUCGUGGAUUCAGUUCUGGUUUGACGUCGAAGCGGUUCCCGGAAGAAUGGCUUUGGGAAUUAUGUCGACACUGACUAUAAUGACACAAAUCCUCACUAAUUAUGAGAAGGCGGCGAAUCACGUGACGGCGGUUGACAUUUGGCUCCUGGUGUGUCUGAUUAUGGUAUUUCUGGCUCUAAUGGAGUACGCGUUCGCCUACACUAUGUCUCACUAUUACGAUAUCGACGGCAAUCUUAAGGCCAAGAAUUCAUUCAAGAAAAAUAUGAGUCUAAUUGUGAGGGAAUUUCGUUCAACGAAACACAAUUCACAUCACAAUAAGAAGUCGACCGAAGAAAACAAUUUGUUUAAAAUAGUGACCGAAAACACAGUUCCCGACAAUAAGGAGAAUAGUUGUGAAGAAAGGAUGAGAUCUAUGACUGAAUUAUCGGAAAUAAUUCGCUGUUUAGUGAAAUCAUUCAACGAAAUGAAUGUCAGAUUAGAGGCUAAUUGCUGUGACACUGGGUUUGGGAACCUUUUGGCGCAACAGUUGGACUCAAAAGGCUUCACAGUAUUUGCCUCGUGUUUAGACCCGGAGUCCAAAGGAGCGCAAGAUUUGCUCAACAAUUGCUCAAAACGGCUAAAAGUGUUAAAACUUGACGUAACCAACGAUGAAGACGUGAAAGAAGCGGUCAAUUUUGUCACAACUAAUCUCCACAACAAUAACCUCUGGGCGGUUGUGAAUAAUGCGGGAAUUUUGCAUUUCUUGCCCAUUGAAUGGGGCGAAGAGGGGGUCGACGUGUACAGCCGGCAACUGAACGUGAACGCCCUUGGUCAGGUUAGGGUGACCAAAGCCUUUUUGCCACUAUUGAGAAAGACCAAAGACAGUCGUGUGAUCAACGUGGAGAGUUUGGCCGGUCGAAUACCAAUGCCGGGCAUCAGUUCCUAUUCGAUGUCGAAGUUUGCCGUUCGGGCGUUCAGUGAGUGUCUCAGGAAUGAAGUCAAACAGUUUGAUAUCAAUGUUUCGGUGAUCGAGCCCUCAGUUUAUAGUACCGGAUUAACGGAUUAUAACCUAUGGAUCGAUGACUUCCAAACCAAGUGGAAAGAGACGCCGGAAGACGUGCGGCGAGACUACGGGCCGGAAAAGUGUGAUGUAUUGCACGAACGGAUCGAUGCAGUGAUGGCUACUUCUAAGGACAGGCCUCAGGAAGUGGUGGACGCGAUGAUCGACUCCGUGACUAACGUAACGCCUAAACCCUAUUACUAUGUCUAUGGACUGGAGGAGAGGGUUAUGACAACACUGUUGGAAGCGCUUCCGCCGCAGUUCUUCGACUUAGCGCUCAACGAAAAAAUUUAUUUCCCUUUAAUUAAACUUUUUAAGAAUAAAAACCGAAUCUAAUUAUAAUUAUAAUCAAAAUUACUAUUAUAUGACUCUUUUUGUAUGGAAUAUAUUAUGCAAUAAAUUCUUAUAUA